AUGGCGACGGCACUGAUGAUGGGCGGGUGCAACUUCCAGCCGGACACCGACAUCCCGGACCUCGCCGGCAAAGUCAUCCUCGUCACGGGCGGGAACUCGGGCCUCGGGCUGGAGACGGUCCGUCAGAUCGCCAAGCACAACCCGGCGCACAUCUACCUCGCGGCGCGCAGCAAGGAAAAGGGGGAGGCGGCCAUCGCGGCCCUGAGGAAGGAGAACCCGGACGCGGCGCCCAUCUCGCACCUCCCGCUGGACCUCGCCUCGUUCGAGAGCGUCAAGGCCGCCGCGAAGCAGUUCGCCGGCGCCUCGGACCGCCUCGACCUGCUCGUCAACAACGCCGGCAUCAUGAACACGCCCGAGGGCCUCACGGAGGACGGCUACGAGAUGCAGUUCGGCACGAACCACAUGGGCCACGCCCUGCUCACGCAGCUCCUCCUGCCGACGCUCAAGAGGACGGCGGCCGAGAAGAAGGCGGACGUGCGCGUCGUCUUCCUCUCGUCCGCCGCCGAGGGGUGGGCGCCGAGGGACACGUACCAGUUCGCCCGGCUCAAGACGACGAUGCCCGAGACGGCGACGCGGUUCCGCUACGGCAUCUCCAAGGUCGCCAACGUCCACUACGCCGCCGCGCUCGCCGAGCGCGCCCCGGAGGUCAGGGUCGUCUGCGUCCACCCGGGCAUCGUCGACACCAACCUCUCCGAGCCGCUCCUCAGCAACACCAACGCCGUGCUGGCCGCGCUCAUCUGGGUCGGCGUCAAGGUCGUCGCCGUGAGCGCGCAGAAGGGCGCCCUGAACCAGCUCUGGGCGUCGUUCCACCCGGACGCCGAGACCGGCGCCUUCUACUUCCCCGUCGGCGUCGCCGGCAAGGGGACCGCGCUGAGCCGGGAUCACGAGAAGAGGGAGCAGUUGUGGAAGUGGACGGAGGACGAGCUCAGGGGUCACUUGUGA